UGACGGUGGUUGAAAAUGGAGUCGGAGGGGGCGGGGUGCAGCAGGAGGGAGCAGAGAUGUUUGGGGGCUUUUUUUAAUAUAAAAUUAUUUAUUUAAAUAAAAAUGGCCGCCGUGGAGAGUGAAGAGGAGAGACUGGAGGAGGGUGAGGAGGGACCUGUCAACCCUCAGCUCCCUACCAGAGAAAGAGACAGGUCCCACAGUAAGACCAAGAAGGCCCGCAGGGAGCGUCGCCAUGCUGACCGGGGGACUGAGACCACAUCACCAGCCACGGCCCCAACGGCUGAGCUGCAGCCACAGAUGGGGGCGGAGCCACAGGCCAAGGUGUUGGAGCCAGUGGCAGGCCCCUCAGCACCAGGGUCGGAAUCUGCAGCCGGCAGUGAGUCUGCAGGUUCUCCCAGGCAGCGCCGCUCCAUCAUCCGAGAUCGCGGACCGCUAUACGAUGAUCCGUCACUGCCUGAAGGCUGGACUCGUAAACUCAAACAGAGAAAGUUUGGACGCUCCGCUGGGAAGUUUGAUGUCUACCUGAUCAACUCGGAGGGGAAGGCAUUUCGAUCCAAAGUGGAACUUAUUGCCUACUUCCAGAAGGUCGGCGACACGACAACUGACCCCAACGAUUUUGAUUUUACUGUCACUGGACGUGGAAGCCCCUCCCGUCGAGAGAAACGUCCCCCCAAAAAACCAAAGGUGGUGAAACCGUCGGGGCGAGGCCGUGGGCGGCCCAAAGGCAGUGGGAAAAUGCGGCAAGCCACAGAGGGCGUGGCCAUGAAGCGUGUGGUUGAAAAAACUCCAGGCAAACUGCUGGUCAAGAUGCCCUUCAGCAAGGCAGAGUCCUCCACUAGCACCACCUCCACUGCCUCAAAGGUGGUAUCCCCAGCCAUGGUGCCCAAGUCCCGUCCUGGGAGAAAAAGAAAAUCAGAACAGGAACUUCCACCGCCACCACAGACCGCCCCCAAGAAAAGGGGUAGGAAACCUGCCUCAGCUUCAGCAGCAUCAACAGUUGCUGCAGCAUCCACCUCCUCUGUAUCAACUGCUGGUAGCUCCACAGCUGGGAGCUACACCACAGCUGCCAUCUUAGCUGCCGAGGCCAAACGGAGAGCAGCCAAGGAGUCUUCCACCAAACAUGUCGUCCAGGAAACAGCUCUUCCAAUCAAAAAACGCAAAACGAGAGAGACAGUUGAGGAGAGGGAGAGUGUUCAGACUCCAACGACCACGACAAAGGACACUGGAAGGAAGGAUACUACAGAGGGGGAGGGUGGUAUAGGAGAGGGGGCUCAAACCUCAGAGCCUCAGCCCGCCCCCUCUGAGCAGAGCCAGUCACAAUUACAGAGGCAGCCUACUGCUUCAGAUGAAAGCCACUCACAUGGACACAAGACGCAUAAAGGGAGGAAGCACAAGGAGAAAACAGGGGAAGCAGCAGGAGAUGGAGGAAGCAGAGAAGAAGAAGUGGGUGAAGAUGUAGGUGAUAAAGGAGGAGAGGGAUCAGGAAGAAGUAGCAGCAGCAGCAGUAGCAUUAGCCCAUCAAAAACCCACAAAAGGAAGGACAGACCUCACAAACACCAUCAUCACCACCACCACCACCAUCAUCAUCAUCGCCACCAACAGUCCUCUGUAUCUACAUUGGAUCAGCCUCCUCUUCCCCGCCCCCCAGCCUCUGGACACCCAGCACCCUCCAGCCAGUCCAGGCCGGAAGUUGAGUCCCAGACUUUGCCUCUGAUUACCACCCAACAAUUGCAGCACACCCAGCAAACUCCUUCCAGACCACAGUCCAAAUCUGUUCCUCAGUCCUCGUCUGAACCUCGGCCUCCUCCUCCUCAAACACACCACCAGGUCCCACCCCAUCCCCAACAACAUCCCCAGACCCAUUCUCCCAGUCAGCCCCAAGCCCAGCCUCCAUACCCUGCAUCCCAGUCAUCUCCUACCAGGCAUGUCCGGCCCCAACAACUCCCACUCCAAACCCACAGUCAGCCCCAGCUGUCCCCCCAAAAAGCCCAGUCACAGUCUGUCCACUCUCCAGCCCAGCACCGAACCCAGCUUCAGGCUCAUCUUGCUCCAGCUCAGUCACUCCCUUCUCAAUCCCUAUCAAUCUUGCACGUUCAUCCACCCCAAACAAGGCAGCCACUUCCACAAAGCCAGUCCCCCACAGCGCCCCAACCUCAACCCCUGCCCAGGCAACAAUCUCAACCCCAAAGCCAGCACAGACAACAAUCUCAACCCCAGUCCAGCCACUCACUGCAGUCUCAAAUCCAACCCCAGUCAAGGACCCCAACCCAACUUCCAACUCAAUCCCAGUCCAGAACCCCGGCCCAAACCCACCUACAACUGCAGCUCAGAAACCCUGCCCAAAUGCAGCCUCAAAUUCAGCCCAGAACCCCAGCCCAAGCACAGCCUCAAUCCCAGUCCAGGACCCAAACCCAAAAUCAGCCUCAAUCCCAGUCCAGGACCCCAACCCCAACCCAAACUCAACCUCAACCACAGUCCAGGACCCAAACUCAUCCUCAACCCCUAUCAAGGAGCCAAACUCACCCUCAACCACAGUCAAGGACCCUAACCCAAACUCAUCCUCAACCCCAGUCCAGAACCUCCAACCAAAAUCAUCCUCAACCCCAGUUUAGGACCCCAACCCAAACUCAGUCUCAACCUCAUUCCAGGACCCCAGCCCAAUCUCAACCUCACCUGCAACCCAGGCAUCAAGUGCAGCCCCAACUGCAGACAAGGCACCCUCAGCAUGACCAACUCCAGACUCAAUAUAGACAACAACCCAGACAAUCUCUCUCCCAGCCUAGGCCAGCCCAGCCCCAAGCACAACCACACUCUCAGCGUGUUCAAACACAGCAGCCCCCCCAGCCACACUCUCAGAUCAGUAGACCCCACGUGCAGCAACUCUCAUCUCCCAGCUUAACCAGGACCAACAUUGUCCCUGCUCAACAAAACCAGAGUGAACAGCCCCAAGACCUGAGCACCACACGGCCUGGUCGAGGAAGUCUGGUGCCGAGCAGAGAGGUCAGCAUGGCAGAGGGAAGACGGGAGCCGGUCGUGACUUCAGAAAGCCGAGAGGUUUUAGGAGGAGAAAGAGGGUCAAACAGCAACUCGAGACCUCCCAGCUCCAUGCCUACAGGACCUUCUGGGGGUGCUGGGGUUGGUGUUGUCCAAGGUUCAGAUGGUAGGGCCAGGCUCAGGGCAGAGCCAGAGGCAGCAGGUGAGGGCAGGGAGCUCAGAGACAUUGUCCCUCAAUCCGCAGUCCCAUGCCCCAGCCGUGAGGAAACUGUUGAGUCACGGACUGCUGUCAGCGAGAGAGUCAGCUGAUUUGUUGGGCCAAUGAACAGGCUGACCGAUUAUUAGACUGACGGACUGUGUCAGCACCAGGAGGAGGAGGAGUGAGACUGGGCUGUUUGUUGAGGUUUCAUGUUUUUACACUGUUUUCAGAUCGGAGGAUAGCGUCACACAGAGCUGGUGGGACUGUCGCAGCUUCUGCUCUGUAGAUUUUGUCUGGAGACUUUAAAGUUUUGGAUCAGAAAACCGACCUGGACGGCCAUAGAGGAGAGAUAUAGUGUCUUUUUCUAGGAAAAACAAACAAAAAGGAAAAACUGAUAAAACAGCGUGUGUGUGUGUGUAUAUAUAAUCAAAAGGCAGCUGUUGUGUCCCGCUAGUCUCCGUGGGGAGGGGGGGUAGUAGUUUGGAACUAAAAACCAACGCUUAACAACCCAUUACUCUGAACGAAAUGUUACUUCCGGAAUAUAACCUGUUUUUUUCCCCCGUAUUUUGAUAGUUUAUUGUUUUGUCUCUGUUAUACAGCUUUAAACUGAUAUUAUUGACUGACAGUUCCUUAUUUAAAGUCCUGCUAUCAACUGACGGUCUCUUACUCAAAGUCCUCCUGUGGACUGACAGUCCCUUAUUGAAACUAGUCCUUGACUGAAAGCCUCAGAAGUGUUGUGGGGCGACGGUUUGCACCUUAUACUGGUUUCUUAAAAUCUCUCAUUUGUGUUCCUCCCUGUUAUCCAUUAAUCCCACAAUAAACAAAGGGGGGGUCAGUAAUGUUUUUCAUCCUCUUCCAGACUGCCCCCUACAGGUAGCCAUUCUGAUGAAUGAGUAUUUAUAUCUAAUUCAUGACUCUGCACAGACCUCAUUCUGAACAGUCUUUGUGAUUAUCGUAUGAAAUAUUUGAUCAACUUAAGGAAUUCUUGAUUUUUCAGAUCAGACACUGAAACUCAAAAUCAGAUGAGUCCAUUGUUUGACGAAAAAAACCUUGAGCCACUCAAUUGUUUUUCAACUAUUUCAGGCGAAUUGUUCUUCCAGUUUAGAGCUUCUUCCAUACUGGUCUUCAUUGAAUCUGUUUUUGUCCUCUUUUGUUUCCAAAGGAAGCCAUUUUAAUGUCAAACCAAAUCCACUUUUACAGUAGAUUCAUUUUAGUUUUUAGUCUUAAUGAAAGUGGGACAUGGACUCAUAGUUUAUUGUUUCUUUGUGUUGAACGUCUGGAACAGUUUGUAUAAUCAACUGUCUGCAUGUCGCUCAGAGACCCCGCAGGCCUUCAACCGGAGACGCACGUACGCAGAGGGUAUUACUGAUGGCCAUAUUGGUGAUGUCGGUGUUCUGCACAAGUAAAACCUUAAAGGAGGUGUGAUGCAGCUUCAUGUUGAGUCAGAUGAACUGGAGAAUGCAACACAAACCAAUCAAUUGAUCUGAAAACUAACCUAGUCUAUAAGUCCAGAUUUGAGAGUAAUUCAUGAGCACAGAACAAGCAAGAAUGGAGUAUAACUGAUGUUGGAAGCUGGAGGAACUGAGUGCAGUUCACUUGAAGAAAAGCAAUGUGGUGAAACAACACUGACACAGUUAGUAGAUAACUGUGAACCCCUCAUGAAACCUUCAGUUUUUCAUUUCCUUUUCUAUCCAUCCGAUCCAUUUUUUUCUGCUUAUGAGAUUCUGCACAGUGGCAGCAGGUUAAUUAGGAUGUUGCUGAUGUCCCUCUCCCCAGCCUUGCUUUCCAGCUCCUUCUGCUGUAACUCUGCUAAACGACGCCACCUUAGCUAUAAGGCAAAUGUGGCCAGUGGUAGAUUGUUUUAGUAACAACUCUGGAUCUUUAGCUGAUAUUUCACAAAGUCAAUGGGCCUCAUGCAAGAACCGUUUGUUCGAAAAGAUUUGUUCUUAAUUUGUGCAUACGAGUGAUUUAGGAGAACUUGCUGCAUUCACCAAUUUUGUCUUAUUAUAGAGAUAAAGUAAAUACAGGAAGAAGGUCCUGGUAUUCUUGCUCUUUCCUAAGAUGUAUGCAGCUACAUUGUUGGUGUCACUUUGUGUGUAUCUGGGAGGUUAAAAAGUAUCCCCGCUAGGGAUCCAGAUGUAGACAACGUAAAAAGAAAGACUCCCACUUACAUAAAAAUGAUUUGUCACACAAACAUCAUCAAAAACCCCAUGAUUACCGAAUUCCUCCAAUACUGAUCCACAAUCAGUGUCAUGUUCACCGUAGUACUGAGGCGCUGUGAUUGGCUCUUCGUCAGUGAAAUACACCCUGGGAGUUGUAGUUAACUCCUCUCCUUCAGUUUUUUUUUUUGCCACAACUGUAGAUCUGACUUUUGGAUCAAAGAUGUGGACUUUAUGUUGUUGUGAUGAGAACAUCCAAUCUAGCUCUGAGCUGUGGCAUCUAUGUGAAUCCCUCAGAUUUGAAUUUACAGCCUCUGUUUGGACAUUAAAGCAACACGAUGCAACUUUUUUACCUUAAAACAGCAUCUUCUAAAUGAUAGAAGAUAGAGUGGAACCUCUUUCAUUCCUAUUCCUCGCCCUGUUAUUGCUCUAUGUAACUUUGGUGAGUGGGUACAAUCUCUUGCGAGAAGUGCGUAACUGAUAAUUACGUAUUUACGAUAAUCUGGGACUAUCAGAUUGUAGGUUGCAUGAUCCUUUUCAAAUUGAUAAUAGGCCAUCUUCCACCUCAUCACGGUGUACGCUGAUGAUGUCAUAUUUUGUUGCUUGCGUUGCGAAAUUGAUGCUAGAACUUUUAUAAUUUAUUAUGGUUAAUUGAUUUACAUGACCUUUUACCUUAAAUUGUACAGAUUUUAGAGAUAUGAGGCAUACUCCAGGAAAAUGACACCACAGUAAGUAAAAAUACCUAUGUAAGCACUGGAGGGCCAAUUUUUAUUGCAGAGUUCAAAGGGUUAAAUUCCCGGAAUCUGGCCUAGGAAGUUUAAAAGUAAUGCUGACCUGUAGAUCAGUUAAAAGGUCUGAAAAACCAGUGUUUCUCUCCAAUAUUAAGCUAGAAAAUGUUUAAAAUACAGAGAGUUGUGACCCGAGUUCUGUCUAUUUGUUAAAACAGCAGCUCUUCAGGUUCAGGAAGCUGGGGGUAAGAGCCAGCAUUCAGUUGAGUUUCAAUUCAGUGCGUGGGAAUACACAGUCAGAGCUCUGUGCAAAACAUUGAUAGGCUUUGUUUUUCUACACAAAAAACACUUGGACUUAGUUCACACAUUACUUUCAGCCUGAUUUUGAACUCACCAACAAAUUUUUGAACUCGCAGACAAAAGCAGCAGAUCUGAGCCAAAUCAUAGUUCAAGAGGCAGUCACAUAUUGCUAUGUGUGAGCUCUUCAAAGAUGUGAUUCAAGAGGCUCGCCAACGUUUCACCUCUUCCAAAUAAAUUUCUAGCAGGCAAAAUAUCUAGAUGAAUCUGGGACAACUCCAGCCUAUCAGAGCGCAGGACGGGGUGAGAUUAAAAAAAGGCGAUAUAUAUAGUCAGAAACCCAGAAGAGGAAUACAACAUCAUCAAGCAUAGCAGAGAGCAUGGCUACUAGAAUGGUCAAUUUCUAAUAAUUUCUGGGGGGGGGGGGAGUCAUUUAGUGUGAACUGCCCAGUGAUCCAACCACUUUGAAAGUCAUGUAGUCUGAACUUGGCAUUAAUCACUGGGACACGGAGACCAAAAGAAUUUAUCACCACAUGUCGUUGCUGCUCAGUAAAAGUUGCACCGUGUUGCUCUAACGUUCUUCAUUUCCAGCACUUUAACACAAAAAACAACAAACGAGUGAAUGUUUUAAUCCUGAGAAUUAACGUGCCUCGUUUUUUAAGUCCACGUACAGUCGCCUUCAUGGUGAUGUCAUACAGGUGAAGUUUGUCUAGGCCUGAGGCCACUCCCCUCUGCGUAUGUGUCGCUCCGUCAGCCGCCCAGUCGGAAAUCAAGUGUCCCUCUGUGAACGGACUUGCUCCGCAGGACUUGACCCGGCACAAGCCACAGUAACCAGCCACCAUAUUGCAUGUUCCAGAGUUUAGUGCCUAUAAUAUUGUGCGUCUUGCCAGAAGCCACCAUGUCAGCGGAGCCAUGUUGUGUUUUUAGACUUAGUAGUGACGUGUGGUGACCUCAUAGUUGCUGAUAUUGAGGAUGAAUAUUCUGCUUUUAACUCACUGUCGCUGUAGACAAACUAGUUUCUACCUGUUUUCUUAUUUUUCUUUCUAACUAAAAGCAUUUGUGUCCCUGA